AUGGCACAUGGCAAGGCGGCGCCGGGUCCCGGCUGGGCCAGGCCGGGGCAGCGGCCCCCGCUCCUGGCGCUGCUGCUGCUGACCGGGCUAGGCCAGGUGCGCCCGCACCCGCAGUGCCUGGACUUCAAGCCGCCCUUCAGGCCGCCGCAGCCGCUCGACUUCUGCGUGCAGUACUCGGACUUCGGCUGCUGCGACGCGGAGCAGGACCGGGCGCUGAUGGAGCGGUACUACAGCAUCAGCGGCCGCCUGGACCAGCCUGUCUACGCCGCCUGCGCCAGCCACCUGCAGGACCUGCUCUGCCAGGAAUGCUCCCCCUAUGCUGCUCACUUGUAUGAUGCUGAGGAUCCUUCCACUCCCUUGCGGACAGUGGCAGGACUUUGCCAAGAAUACUGUGAGCAGAUGUGGCAAAAAUGCAGGUCCAUGUUUCGCUAUCUCUCUAUGGACAAAGAAUUAUUAGUCCUGGAAAACAAUAUGGCAAAGUUCUGCCGCUAUUUGUCACUUGAUGAUGUGGACUAUUGUUUCCCUCGCCUGCUGGUAAAUCAGAAUCUUAAUCAAAACCUUGGGUUAGUGACUGCUGACUCAGAGGGCUGUCUCCAGUUGUGCCUAUUAGAGGUAGCUAAUGGUCUGCGGAAUCCUGUUGCUAUGGUGCAUGCAAAUGAUGGAACUCACAGAUUUUUCAUUGCCGAACAAGUUGGUUUAGUUUGGACCUACCUCCCAGAUCGGUCAAGGCUGGAAAAGCCAUUUCUGAACAUCAGUGAAGCAGUACUUACCUCACCUUGGGAAGGAGACGAGAGAGGUUUUUUAGGUAUUGUCUUCCAUCCUAAAUUCAAAUUUAAUGGUAAAGUGUAUGUCUACUAUUCAGUUGAAGUUCAUUUUGAAGAGAGAAUCCGAAUAAGUGAGUUCAGAAUUUCUCCUGAUGACAUGAAUACUUUGGACCAUAGUUCUGAAAGGAUAAUUCUGGAGGUAGAAGAGCCAGCUUCCAAUCACAAUGGAGGAGAGCUACUCUUUGGAUAUGAUGGUUAUCUUUACAUAUUUACUGGGGAUGGAGGCAUGGCUGGCGAUCCUUUUGGGACGUUUGGAAAUGCUCAAAACAAAUCAACAUUGCUAGGCAAGGUGUUACGGAUCAAUGUGGACAAUAAUGACCGUGGACCUCUUUAUAGAAUCCCUCCAGACAACCCUUUUGUUAGUGACCCAAAAGCUCGACCUGAAGUCUAUGCAUACGGGGUGAGAAAUAUGUGGCGCUGCUCUUUCGAUAGGGGCGAACCCUACACAAAGGAAGGGAAAGGGCGACUUUUCUGCGGAGAUGUAGGACAGAAUAAAUUUGAAGAAGUUGAUAUUAUAGAGAAAGGAAAAAAUUAUGGCUGGAGAGCAAGGGAAGGAUUCAGCUGUUAUGAUAAGAAACUUUGCACCAAUUCCUCACUAGAUGAUGUGCUUCCAAUUUAUGCUUAUCCACACAAAAUGGGGAAAUCUGUUACAGGAGGCUAUGUCUAUCGGGGUUGUGAGUCUCCAAACCUGAAUGGGCUGUACAUAUUUGGUGAUUUUAUGAAUGGACGUUUAAUGUCAUUGAAAGAGAAGCGUUCUACUGGAGAAUGGCAGUACACUGAAAUUUGCAUGGGAACAGGACAAACUUGCGUGUUCCCUGGGCUUAUCAAUAAUUAUUAUCAGUACAUCAUCUCUUUUGCUGAAGAUGAAGCAGGGGAACUUUACUUCAUGUCUACUGGAGUACCAAGUGCCACUGCUCCCAAUGGAGUAGUUUACAAAAUAGUAGACACCUCACGGAGAGCACCCCCAGGAAAAUGCCGGGUUGAGCCUUUGUCAGUGAAAGUGAAAAGCAGGCUCAUAAAGUUUGUGCCAAAGGAGAAACUGAUUGUGAAAACACCAACCCAACGGCCUAGAUUAAGGACCACCACCAAAGCCCCAAGGAGGGGUAGGCCAACUUCCGAAACACCCCGUGCCACUACUCCAGACUGGGUGGAACAAAUCUUGAACCUUCUAAGGAAUCAAAAUAGAGUGCAGGUGACCUCCAGAACACCAACAACCAAACCCCCGAAGUCCAGGAAAGGGGGGAAGAGUGGGGAAAGGAGAGGGCAGAGAAGGAAAAACAAACCUCCCAGCACUCUGUCUCCCCCACAGCUCCUGAGUGGUGCAGUGCGACUGAUGAACAGGCAAGCACGAGGAAGGGACCGGGGAAGGGUGGAGAUUUACAUCAGUGGAGAGUGGGGCACUGUAUGUGACGACUUGUGGAACUCCAAGGCGGCAACUGUGGUGUGUCGCCAGUUAGGGUUCCCUUAUGUUGUCAAGGCAACCAAGAGAGCGGAGUUUGGGGAAGGACAUUCGCUUCGGAUUCUUCUUGAUGAUGUUGAGUGCACUGGGCAGGAGAAGAACCUGCUGGAAUGCACACACGCAGACAUUGGCAAAAACAACUGCUCCCACAAAGAAGAUGCAGGAGUGAUAUGUAGCCAUGAAGAGGUUAUAAACUGA